ACAGGCUCGUAUUUAAGGACUGCAGAGGAAAGUGGGUUUGCCAUCAGACAACAUGAGAGCUCUUGCACUGCUUGUGUGCCUGUCGGUGGGCUGCCUUGCUCAGAGACCCCAACCAUGCUCAUCCCCACCUCUCAUGUCUGGAGGCCUUUCUGUGUCCACUCAAAGUGAGAAUCUUGUAGCCUUUGCGAAGUACACCUAUGAUGGCCUGGGAAGGCGGAUCCGCCUCAGCGACUUUGGAUUUUAUGACAACAAAACCUUCCAUCUGGACGUGCUUCUGCUUUACAACCAGGGGGUUAUGUACAAGAUAAACAACAGAGAUCAAACAUGCCUGAAGAGGCGUCUGAAUACAGACUUCAUCCCGCUGGCCAUUCCGAAGGAUGCUUCCCAUGUGGGUCAGGUUGUGCUGGGCAGCUCUUCAGUACCAGGAGACGGAAUCUUGGUCAACACCUGGACUGGGGCGCUGCAGACGAAGAAGGGAAUAGCAAAGUAUGUGAGCACCGUUACAGAGUUUGGAUGCAUUCCUGUCAGCACCCUGUUUAGCACAAACAGAAAAGGAUGGGUGGUGGUCAGCUUCUUCAACAACAUCAUCGGACUGGCAGACCCCCAAGAUCUCACCCCGCCACCGUUCUGCAGCACUGCCCGCCCAGAGGAAGAGGACCAAGAGACCCCCACACUGUUUUUCUAGCUUCUUUUAAAAUAAACUCUUUCCAGAAACGCACUGCAACAUGCUUAUGACUAUUCUACUACAUCUAACUUCAGCACUUCUAAACCCAUUUAAACUGAAUAAAAUCAAUGUUGUGAUUUCA